GCAACCCUGGCACCGGUUUGUUUUUGCAACAGAGGUUUAGCCCUGGGGUCGUGGGAUGGACAAGAGUGCCUCUGUCCAUGCUUAGAGAAUGUGCAGCCCAUCCACACAUUGUUUUGGGGUGGGGGCAGAGUUCCAGCAGAGAUUGUAGAAUGCCUUCCACAGUUGACAUCCUUCAGAAUUAUCAAGAGAUGUUUGCGCAUCGGUAUACUUCCAAAGACACAGAAUAUCAGAACUGUGUCCAGCGUCCUGCAGAUCCACCUCCCAUAGUUGAAGACUGGUUGAACAGAGAACCCAGCAUACCUUCUGUAUCUGAGAUAAUUCAGAAUUAUGAAAAGAUGUUUGCACAUCGAUUUUCUAAAGAAGAUGAAGAAUAUCAGAAAUAUGUCCAACGCCCUGCAGAUCCACCUCCUUUAAUGGAAGACUGGCGAAACAGAUCGGGUGGUAACCAGCGAUACAGAGAUCGAUUCAGAGACAACAGAUCAUUCAGAGGCAAAGGGGACAGAUACGACCAGCAAAGAUCCCGUCAAUGGCAAGAAAGAGGCUGGGGAAACCGCUACCAGGAACACAGGCAUGGACAGCCUUCCUACUCCCAACAUGGACGGCAGUCCCACUAUGGUUAUAGUUCUUACUCUCAGGGGUCACGGUAUGGUUAUUACUAAUGCUGUCUCCUUCAUUCUGUCAGACGUCAACUUUUGCUUCUUUCAGUUUUGGAGUUUGGUAAAUGGAGGACAAAAUUGUUGUGCUUUUAAAACAAGUUUUGUUGAUGUAUUUCAGAAGUGCAUGUUGAACAAAGGGAAUUGGAGCUAGGCGUGGUUCAACAAACUAGCCUUUUGCCUGCACAUACAGCCCCUUUGCUCCACCCUUUGUGUGAGCUGCAAUUAAACCAGGGAAUCUAAUUAAUUGUAGUCAUCUGAACUGGGAAAACAUGCUUACCACCUUCAAGGACAAGCCAAGACCUCAAACCACAAUUUGAAGUUGGUUGAAGAGCGUGGCUUCUUCUAAAGCUGGUAGCCAUAGUUUCCUGGUUCAGAUGAAAUGGGAAAUGAAUGAGUACUCACUCAUUAAAGAGUUCCUGGUUUAAUUGCAGCCUGAGUGAAGGAACUGAAUGUGUGGGCAAAAGCCUUGUUCGUACCUCUGCUUAUUAAGCUGAGAUACAAUCAUCCAAAUGUGGCCCCUGUAAAACUCAUGUACAAAUGCUGAACUGUGAACUUGCAACCUCACAUUCCCUUUCCACUCUUGUACAUUGCCUGUAAAAAUACUUAAUGCUUUGGUGAUGAGGGGAGAGAAAUUUGCUUUGCAGCAGAAGAAUUUGGCAAAGGCUCUCAGCACAAAAGGGUUGCUCUUCUUGAAAUUCUGACUCAUACUAUUCCAUUGCUAAUGAGCAUAAGAAUGAUUAACAUCAGUAAUACAUUGUGGCAAGGGAAUUACAGGUUGCAUUUUGGGUAUCUUUUGGACGGUUGCUAAUAAACAGGCUUCUCAGUUUUCAUUUAGAUUUCUUAAUCCCUGUGGCAUUGUUGGUUUAAUUUUCUGCUUCACUCACUAGUAACCACUGAGCAAAAAUGUCAAAUUAAGGGGUAGAUAAUUGUAAAAGAUACAGUGCUUUAGGGUUGUAUUUUUUAAAAGAUUCAUCAUGAUUAAAUGGUGUCCUCUUAAAUCUG